GAUGGCGGCUGCGGCCGGGCAGCUGACGAUGGCGGACGAGGGUAGUAGGGAAAGCAGCUCAGAUCGGGAAGGUGAUGAGUUACCAGUCCUGUUCCCUGGAUUGGUGAGUGCGGAUAGCUGCUGCCGACUGGUGUGUGAGCUCCUGAAACAUGUCCUGUACCAGAGGCAGCAGUUACCACUCCCUUAUCAACAACUGGCUUUCUUCAGUAGGACUGACUCUGGCCUGGCAGACAGUUCCACAUUGCCACAUUCAAGGAGAAAUGAACAGAAUAAUUGCAAGAAAUUUCAGAGGGUACUGUCUGAGCUCAAUGAGAUUUUCCAGAAUUUGGAGGCAAUGUUCAUGCUGACACUGGUUCCUUGUGUGCAUAUUCUGUUGGGUGGCAGUAUUGUUAAUCCAAAGGAAAUGUAUGAGAUCAACAUGGAGCGGAUUGUCUUUGGCAGCACUGAGGAGAGCUUGAAAACAGUCUCCUGUAUCCGAAAACUUUUCCACACUCUCUUUGUCAAGGACAUCUUCAACGAAUUGAAAUCCAUUCCUUUGAUGAACACUGUGCUACUUGUCCAAGGACACAGGGAUUGUGGAGUUCAGUGGUUCCGACCCAAACUUAACUACAGAAUUCCAAACCGCACCAGGAAGCUGGUUAUUAACCUGGCAUGUGAUACAGUGAACUUUACAUCAACUGAGCAGCCAACAAGUUAUAACCAUGAUGACUAUAUCUGGUUUCAAGCACCUAUAACAAUCAAGGGAUUUCAUUAAUUAUCAUAUAAACCUUUUCAAUAAUAGGUGCCUCUUUCUGCAAUAUUUAGGUGGUACAUACUUUUUAAAUUAUAAGGACUGGACUUGAAUAGCCUAUUAUGUCAAAUUGGAGGAAAAAUAGUACUGUUGUAAAUUUAUCUCAAUUGGGCCUCUGGGUGACCCUUCCCAUUGGAAGAAGAUAUUAAUCAUGAUACUAGACAUUAGGUUAGAGGUAAGGAUUUGGUAACAUAUCAAAUUGCCAAAUUGAAUCAGAAAAUGUGAGGUAAUUGGUUUUAAGUGGAAGAUAAUAGUGACUAGGUUGUCAGUAAAUUAGUUAGGAAUUACAUUGGUCAAUAAAGGUAAAGUUGCCCUUGUCUUAUUGGACAAUAGGGCUGCUUUCUCAUUAGAGAGAGACAACUGGUGGUUAACCUGAGAGUUACCAUGCCUAAGCAAAGGGAGAGGUUGAGAAGCAGAGUCCUGUGUGGUAACCUUUGGUCCAAGAAUUGAGCCCAGACUGUUGACAUCACUCUGCAUUGCAAACCAGCCAUCCAGCAAACUGACCUAACAUUGGCAAAUAUGCAACAGAUUGAUAAGGAGAAAGGGUCAGAAUGCCUGAUUUGGUCAAUGAUAGUUGGUCUUUGUAUCCUUGGGCUAAAAUUGGGAAUAAGCUCGAGUUUCUACUCUUGAAAGCUAUCCAGAGGAAAUGGUUAGGCUCUGCUUUGAACCAAUCCAUAACUGCCCUGUAUGAGGGUAGCAUGAGAGUCAAGGUCCAUAAUGAUAACUGCCCCGCUAGAAACUAAGAGCAGUAGGCCAUAUGAACUGUCCAACCCCUUCCACCAUUUUAAUAAAAUCUUGACUUAGCAGCUUUGCAACUCCAGAUUCCUUCCCAUCUCCUAUUUCUUGAUUCCGUUUAUGCCGUUGAGACCAUCACCAUUUUAAAAAUUUUUUCUCAAGUUUGGUUUGGAACUGAGUUACAGUUGAGAAUUGAACUUUGAACUUCAGCUUACUUUGUUUAAAAAAAGGGAAGGAACAAAAGACUGAUGUUUUCUAUUGGAAAUUGGUCUAGAAAAAUAGUGCAGGUUAGGUACUGCUCUAAGAACACUAUAGACAAACUCACACCAAGAUGUUAUGCUUAUGGACUGGCAGUGAGUUGAAUGUUGAAUUGGUCAAGGGAGAAUUGGUGUUGGCCAGCCAACCGCAGACGAGAUUGAAAAAGAAAGAGAAAACAAAGAGUGAAUUAGCUGUGACUGGGCAGGAUGGAGGCAGUUUUGCUUCAGAAGCUAUCGCACUGGGAAGCUUUUUUUUGUUUUUGUUCUGUCUAGUUAUUCUCCAGUUAUCAAUUUGUUGAAAGCUCUAAGAAUCCCAGUUGUAAGAAAUAAGUAGAAAUCUCCAGCGAUCUGCAGAAGCUGUUUGCAUUGACCAGUAACUUUAGAAUUCAAGCAAAGCGUACAGUAUUACAUGCUUGUAAUACGUCUCAUCAAAGGAUUUCGUGAAGGUCUAGUAUUCAUUGUUAAAACAAUUAUUUAACUGGCAAAUCAAGAUUUUUUUGUUUGUCUGUUUAAUUUAUCCCUGUUUAUCUGUGUUCUAGUAAAGUUACAUUAUUAAUACAUUGUUAAUUUUUGUUUAAGUUAUAAAUGUGUCCAAGAUUUGUUAUUUGUAAAGUCUGGUUAGGAACAAUUGGGCAAUUUUGAGGAUCAUUGAAUCUUUUAAGAUCACUGCGUUGCAAAACCAGUGGUAGUGAAUAAUUUGGUUUGGUUUGCUAUCCCUGUGUCAUAACAGUGCUCAAAAAUCUAUUGGCCUUGAAUUUUGAUAUGCUCAGCAUUGCUCUCUGGGUAGAUAAUUCCAAACAUUUAACUUUAAUUAUUCCUUCCAGAAAAUAUUAAAAACCAAGUACUUUAUUAGUGAAAAAUCAAUGUGAAGAAUGAUCUAACAUUUUAUAUCAGCUUUUCAAACAUGGUGCUCACAAUCAAUGUAUUUUUAACGAAUUUUAAAGUGUGGAUUAUAAACUUUUAUAU